AUGUCGUCCGUCUGUUUCUCCCCCUCAUCUCUUCCUGCCAGUUUCACCUUGCAUGACAAGUUCAUUGGAUCAGAUUUUUUCUCUGGCUUUGACUGGAAAACAUUUGACGACCCUACUCAUGGUCGCGUCAACUAUGUCGACAAGCCCACUUCCAUAGCCACCAAUCUCUCUUAUGCCGAUAAUACCAAGUUUUUUAUGCGUGCCGACGCCCACCAGGUCGUUUCUGCCAAUUCUCGUGGCAGGGACAGUAUUCGCAUUGAAUCAUUCUCCGCCUACGACCAAUCUGUCUUUAUUCUGGACGUCGAACACAUGCCUGCCGGCUGUGCGACCUGGCCGGCCUUCUGGUCAUUCAGCCAGUCGAGUCCAUGGCCCCAGGGCGGCGAAAUAGAUAUCAUAGAAGGCGUCAAUCUCAAUACAAACAACCUUGCUUCUCUCCACACAACCCCCAACUGUACCAUGCCUGAGGUGCGUUUCCAGAGCGGGCAAACUGAAUCAACCAACUGUGACACAAACUUCAACUAUAAUCAGGGCUGCGGAACCUCCUUUACUCAACGCAGCUCUUAUGGUUUUCCAUUCAACAGUAUCGGCGGCGCAUGGUACGCGAUGCGUAGAACCCAAGACACAGGCAUCCAAGUCUGGUAUUGGCCCAGGAACAGCUGGUGGGUGCCACUCGAGGUUCGAUAUCCGUUCUUCUUUACGCACAUCGGCACCGAGAGUUGGGGUGAACCAGACGCAUCUUUCCCUGUAAAGGAAUGCGACUACUCCACUCACUUUGACAGUCACAAGAUCGUGUUUGAUCUAACUUUCUGCGGUGACUGGGCAGGCAAUGUAUUUGCUUCUGCCGGCUGUGGCAAUUCCACCUGUGUAGAUUUCGUUGAUAACAAUCCGGAGAAAUUCCAGGAAGCAUACUGGGAUAUCAAUUCUUUGUAUGUCUUCAAACGUGUGUAGCCCAGUGCCAUUACCGACUUUUCGAUUCUUGCGUGAUCAUGAAUGCUUUUCGCGUGGGAUAUCUUACGUCCCACUCACGGAAUCGUCAACUAUGGGUCUGAAUGGGUAUCUGGUAUUUCAGCUGCAUCAUGCACCGUUGGGCAAUGCCUGCGGCAUGUCAGUAAUAUUUAGGACAUCUAUUCGAAUGUAACCAUAACCCGAUGAAAGUGAAGUUGUGG